UCCGCCAUUCCCGUCACAGUGCUCGCAACUCGCGUCGUCUCUCGACUCUCGAGGCUCGGUGCGUCGACUCGCGUGUCCGUCUAGUGUCGCUGGGCAACUCCAGGCUAAGCCUCCUUGUCGGCUCUUCUCCUUUGGUCGUGACCCUAUAAAGGUAAAACCACAAAAAAGUCAAGAUGUGUGACGAAGAAGUUGCCGCCCUCGUAGUGGACAAUGGCUCCGGUAUGUGCAAGGCCGGAUUCGCCGGAGACGACGCUCCGCGCGCGGUGUUCCCGUCGAUCGUCGGCAGGCCGAGGCACCAAGGCGUCAUGGUGGGCAUGGGACAGAAGGACUCGUACGUGGGAGACGAGGCACAGUCCAAGAGGGGUAUCCUGACGCUGAAGUACCCGAUCGAGCACGGUAUCGUCACCAACUGGGACGACAUGGAGAAGAUCUGGCACCAUACCUUCUACAACGAGCUCCGAGUGGCGCCGGAGGAGCAUCCGGUCCUUCUGACGGAGGCCCCCCUUAACCCAAAGGCCAACCGCGAGAAGAUGACGCAGAUCAUGUUCGAGACGUUCAACACCCCGGCUAUGUACGUCGCCAUCCAGGCCGUGCUCUCCCUGUACGCCUCCGGUCGUACCACCGGUAUCGUCCUUGACUCCGGGGACGGCGUCUCGCACACGGUGCCCAUCUACGAGGGAUACGCCCUGCCCCACGCCAUCCUUCGUCUCGACCUUGCCGGCCGCGACUUGACCGACUACCUCAUGAAGAUCCUCACCGAGCGCGGCUACUCCUUCACCACCACGGCCGAGCGAGAAAUCGUUCGCGACAUCAAGGAGAAGCUCUGCUACGUGGCCCUCGACUUCGAGCAGGAGAUGGCCACGGCGGCCUCCUCGUCCAGCCUGGAGAAGAGCUACGAGCUGCCCGACGGUCAGGUCAUCACCAUCGGGAACGAGCGAUUCCGCUGCCCCGAGGCCCUCUUCCAGCCCUCGUUCCUCGGGAUGGAGGCCUGCGGCAUCCACGAGACCACCUACAACUCCAUCAUGAAGUGCGACGUCGACAUCCGUAAGGACCUCUACGCGAACACCGUCCUCUCCGGAGGCACCACCAUGUAUCCGGGAAUAGCCGAUAGGAUGCAGAAGGAGAUCACCGCCCUCGCGCCCUCCACCAUGAAGAUCAAGAUCAUCGCCCCGCCCGAGAGGAAAUACUCCGUAUGGAUCGGAGGCUCCAUCCUCGCCUCGCUCUCCACCUUCCAGCAGAUGUGGAUCUCCAAGCAGGAAUACGACGAGUCAGGACCGUCCAUCGUCCACAGGAAGUGCUUCUAAAGCGGAGAUCCUCGCGAUUACUCCUCUCUCCCCUCUCGCGCAUCUUACCCCCCUCAUUACCACACGUACACACAUACACGAACGCGCGCCCCCCCAACCACCUCCUCUCUCGUAUCGCGGUCCAGGACGCGCAGCCUCUCCGUACUCCAGUUUUUUUUACCAGGCGGACUCUUCGGCAACUUCCGCGAGGCCCUCUCGGCCUCCUUCGUGUCCUUCCUCCGAAAGGGGAGUUCCUCUCUCCGGAGGCCCGGGUGCGGGGGGCUGCUCCUGCAACUACUCUUCUACCCCUUGCUCUUCGUUCAUUCAUCGUUUUGACUAGACACCAUUUAUAUAUCUUAAAAAUGCUCGGGCCUUCGUUCCUUUUUCUCCCUCCUCUCGUCCCCCACCCUAUCUCUCUUUCUCUCCAGAGAAUCCUCUUUGUAUUAUAUAUAUAUUGGAGUAACCCGCCAGCCUACGGUAGCGUUUAGCUAACCCUCCUAAGCGCGACACAGCUUUCGUUUUCUUUUUUCCCUUGUCUAUGUUUCGACGCCGUUGGUCUUCCACAGGGUGCGGAUAUCCUUGGAGAUGAUGAUUGCGGUGACGAUUUCUACGCUUGUGUUUAUGAGCACGUUUCAACGUACCAUGUCUUGUGGAUGGCCAACCUUUGCUCGAUGUAGAAGGGAACGAGAAACCGAAAGACACUACGGUUUCGACCCCGCAAAGCGUAGCCAAAGUAUUAUAAUUUAUUCCCAUUGUAUUGUGCAAGACCACAACCUUAAAAGACUACUUUAGACUUAUGGGAUUAUAAAAUAAAAUCUUGCAAAAACCACCA